AUGAAGCGUGACACAGAAAAGGACGACGAGACGACGGCGUCCGACGUAAGCGAGCCGGAAGAGACCGCCCGUCCCACGGCCAGCUCAUCAGCAGCGCGCGCUGCCCAGGACAAGGCGAGGCAGAAGCAGAAGAAGAAGGCAACCGAAGAGGACGUGCCGACGGACUCGCCAACGCCUUCUCCAGAACCUUCGCCUCGCCUAUCCAAGUCGGCAGCCAAGAAAAAGGCCGACACAGGUGACGCAAAGGGAUCUUCGUCCCCAACGCCUUCUCCGGCAUCUUCUCCACGCCCGUCCAAGUCGGCGCCAGAUAAAAAGAAGGGCAGCACAGGUGACGCAAGGGAAUCCGAGUCUCCCACACCGUCGCCGUCCCCACCAGCAUCGCCCACACCAUCACCGUCUCCAUCACCAUCCCCUUCGCCGGAGCCCGAAGAGGAAGACGCCUCAGCUAAGAAGAAGAAGAGGGGUAAGGCAAAGGCGGCCGGGGGUUCAUCAUCACCUGAGCCCGAGGCGGACAGCAGCCAGCACGGGCCGUCCAAAAAGGACAAGCUGGGCAAGCUGGGGGGUCUCAAAGGGACGAAGAAGGCGAUGAGCGGCGUGGACGGCGCAGCAGAGGGGGAAUCACCGCAAGCCGAGGGCAGCGGACGCAGCAGGAAACCCGACGCCGUCGAGGAGGUCAGGAUCGAGACCCCGGACGAGAGGGCUGCUCGGAGACGGGCAGAGCUGGAGAGGGAGUUGGAAAGAAAGGCAGCUGCUGGGCCGGCCAAGAAGAAGCGGAAAUUCUGA